AUGAUUUACAUUACACAAUUGACGCGAAACAUUCUGAGCUUGCUCGGAAUCUGGCCGCCUUACAACAGGAGACGAACCACCGGGGAAAAAGUUUGGAAGUACUUCUUGAUAACGAUCUGCAAUCUUCUUCUCUACUGCGUCCUGAUUCCCGGUGCCCUGUACUGGUUGAUUGAGAAGAGGGCACGUGUCAGAGUCCGAACGAUGACUCUGCUUGUCUUCGGCAUCGUGACUUGUAGUAAAUAUGGCAAUAUGAUAUUCCACGAGAAGGACAUCAGACGCUGCUUGAAGCACAUCGAGGAGGAUUACAGGUUCGUUACCAGUGCGAAGACGCGGGACACGAUGAUCGAGUCGGCGAAAAUCGGCAUACGUCUGGUCACACUAUGCGUGUCUUUCACGUACGGCAGCGGGCUCUUCUUUCGUUUGAUCUUACCGUUUGCCAAGGGAAAAAUUAUCACCGCGCAGAAUGUCACGAUCAGACCUCUGCCUUCCCCGGGUUAUUUCAUUUUCUUCGACGUACAAGUCAGCCCCAUUUACGAGCUGAUCUACGCAAUACAAAUAUUAUCCGGGGUGGUCACUUGGUCGAUAACAACGGGUUUAUGCGGUCUCGCGGCCGUCUUCGUGAUGCACGCCUGCG